AAUUAGGAUAGAUGAGCAAAGCCAAAGCCGUUGGACAUCGCCGUACGGUCUUCUCUACUGAAGAUGGCUCUGCUAUUCUCAAUUACACUGAUUCCGCUCAUCCCCGACCUCUUCACUGCAUUCUCACUCCAAAUUUAGCUGCAUCUCUGAAUCGUUACCAUUUCAGCUCCUUCAAUUCAACUGAAGAACACAGGUUUGGAGAAAGAAGAGGGAAAACUCAAAAAAGCGAGGACAAAAUGUCUACAAUUUCGGUUUCUAAAUUUAUCACUUUUUCUGUACUUUCAUAUUCUCCUGCGAAUGGCCAUAAAUCUUCUUCUAUUGCUUGCCCUUUUCACCCUAACAAGUUCCCUUUACUUUCGCAACCACACACUUCUUCUCUGCCAAGAAGAACCUUAUUUCUCUCAAAAUCUUCCGAAGCAGAGGUCUCUGCGACAGAGGACGAGUGGCUCAAGAAACUGCCCGACAAGAAGAAGCCUUUGUACUCUCACAGCCUCCCUUGCAUAGAGGCGUGGCUGAAGAGCUUAGGGUUUUUUCAGAGCAGAGAAGAUAGAGCCGUUUGGUUCGUUGAAAAGCCGGAGUGGCACGCCCAGUUGUCGCUUGACGUAACGGAUCUCCACAUAAGGUACAUGAAAAGCGGACCUGGAAAUCUUGAAAAGGAUGUGGAAAGGAGAUUCAGUUAUGCUCUGAGCAGAGAGGACAUUCAGAAUGCCAUGCUUGGAGGGCCGUGACGACAAUAACUGUAAAUCUAGCUGCUGCUUGGCCUAAUUUGAUAUGAGCACCUCAGGUUGUUCCAUAAUGGUCAUUCUCCAAUUUAAUGUGUGGGUUUAUGCUUUUCCUACAUCAGAGAGAGAAAUCCAUGUUUCUAACUUGUUACUUGUUAGCCUGUAUUGAUCAUAAUUCAGUAUUUUUUUUCAUCAUAAUUGAGGAAUGUCUUCAAGUCACUUAGUCCCUCAAUUGUUGCAAUGCAAUUGAAGCUGGUUAGUUUCUCUUAUAUCUUGGAAUACCAUUGAAGUUUUGUAUCACCGAUUCACCAUUCUAAUUUUUAAGCAAAUCUGGAGGAAAAAUUGACUGAUAUUCAUCAA